AUGCUUCUGGCUCAGUACCGCCUCUUGGGAGUCGUCUCUUUGCAGACUUGUUUCGGCAAGAUCAUCGGGGAUCAAACGCAAACAUGGAUGGACACUAGGGAUUUCCCUCUCACAUUUUCAUAUACUUUCAAGAUCUGGGAUCCAGAAGCAGCCAAUAAGGAACGCGAGAUCACGAUCGAUGUAGAAUACGACGCCAUUACCACGGCAGAGAGACGCUUGUCCGCCUGUCUCAGCAUCGCCAGCGCCCCGCUGAACCAAACCGGAGUUCCGGAACCCUUCUGGAUCACCGGCGCCAAGCAGUCCUGGAUAGGAGAUGGAGAGAAGAAGCUCUUUGCCACGAACUACGUCUCCGCCCAUGCAAGCAGAACAUCUUGUGACGAAGAGGGUGUCAAGCGUUGUGACCUACAUAUGGGGAAGACUCAGCCUGGAAAUUGGUCUUCUUUCAAGUGCAAGGGGGCCACUGACGGUAUGGUGAAUGUUAAAGGAGGCACACUGAAAAGACCUGAAGGCGUACCCAGCCAAGCGUACGCUGCUUGGAGUCUAGGCUUCAUCGGACCAGAGGACAAUGAGGUCAAUUGGUAUAAUGGCGUGAAGAACUAG